CUAUACCAACAUAAAUUUGAUUAACGAUUAAACAAGUGUGGCGCAUUUUGAUUGUGAAUUUGACAAAGUUUAAUUAAACGUGAUUUAAAAUGAAGGUAGAAGAGGUAAAAAGCACCGUAAAAACUCAAAGAAUAAGUGCCCAUAGCCACAUUAAAGGUUUAGGUUUGGAUGACGCUGGUUUCGCAAUUCAAUCUGCGGCCGGCUUGGUUGGACAAGAGCAGGCCAGAGAGGCUGCCGGGGUAGUUGUAGAUAUGAUAAAGAGUAAAAAAAUGGCUGGUAGAGCUGUUCUGUUAGCUGGUCCUCCUGGUACAGGUAAAACGGCUAUUGCUUUAGCUAUUGCUCAAGAACUUGGAAAUAAAGUACCAUUUUGUCCCAUGGUUGGUUCAGAAGUAUACAGCUCCGAAAUUAAGAAGACUGAAGUACUCAUGGAAAAUUUCCGAAGGGCUAUUGGACUUAGAAUUCGAGAAACCAAAGAGGUCUAUGAAGGGGAAGUUAGUGAGCUCACACCUGUAGAGACAGAAAAUCCAGCAGGAGGGUAUGGUAAAACUGUUAGUCAUGUUGUAAUUGGUUUGAGAACUGCUAAGGGUAGUAAACAAUUGAAGCUGGAUCCUAGCAUCUAUGAAGCUCUACAAAAAGAGAAAGUUGAGGUUGGAGAUGUUAUUUACAUUGAAGCUACAAGUGGAGCUGUCAAAAGACAAGGAAGAUCUGAUGCAUAUGCCACUGAAUUUGACUUGGAAGCUGAAGAAUAUGUUCCCCUUCCAAAAGGAGAUGUACAUAAGAAGAAAGAAGUAGUUCAGGAUGUUACUUUACAUGAUUUGGAUGCUGCUAAUGCUAAACCACAAGGAGGUCAAGAUGUAUUAUCCAUGAUGGGACAACUAUUAAAACCAAAGAAGACUGAAAUUACAGACAAAUUAAGGAAAGAAAUUAACAAAAUUGUUGACAAAUAUAUUGAUCAGGGUAUAGCGGAAUUGGUACCUGGUGUACUUUUUAUUGAUGAAGUUCAUAUGUUAGAUCUAGAAACAUUUACUUAUCUUCAUAGAGCUUUAGAAAGUGCCAUAGCACCUAUUGUAAUUUUUGCAACAAAUAGAGGGCGUUGUCUUAUUAGAGGAACAGAUGACAUUUUCUCUUCACAUGGUAUACCAUUAGAUCUUUUGGAUAGAUUGCUGAUUAUUCGAACAAUUCCUUAUGGUAGAUCUGAUAUGGAACAAAUUUUGAAACUAAGGGCCACCACAGAAGGUUUAGAAAUUGAAUCAGAUGCCAUCGCAAUAUUAGGAGAAAUUGGUACAAAAGCUACUUUGAGAUAUGCAGUACAGUUGUUGACACCCUCUCAUUUGACAGCUAAAAUCAAUGGAAGACAUAAUAUCAUCCAAAGCGAUAUUGAAGAAGUUGGUUCAUUAUUCCUUGAUGCAAAAUCAUCUGCUAAAAUUCUGACUGACAACAAGGAGAAGUUCAUGACUUAAUUUAAAUAUUGCUUUUAACAUUUGGAUUGAGAUGUAGCCAGUUUAAAUCCUUGUUCUCAGUUAUUUCUGAUUUCUUCCACGUUUUGGAUUUGAUAGGUUAUUCAGAAUAUUAUUUUUUAUAUAUAAUUUAUGUUUGCAUUGUUUUUUAUUCUCUGAGUAGUGAAUAAAUUUUUUUUAUAUA